AUGAUGAACUGUGCGGUAAGAAUGAAAACGACUUUCUCUCUUUUAGUGCACUCUACAUCUGGGAAGAUCGCGCAUGCUGAGCUGCAGCAAAUCAAUAGUUUAUAGAAAAUGUUUUCUGGCUUAGUUGGACAAUUCUAUCAGCCUUCCUUAAUCAAAACGAUCUUGCAAGAUGGGCCUUUGAUGUGAUCCAGCCGGGCUCUUCUUAACGUUCUUACGUGUUCUCAUCUUCUUAUGUGCUAGCCUGCGUUGUGUCUUCCCUUUCAGCUUAGCUCAAUAUGUACAACCAAGUAGAAUGUGUAACGGUAAUUUGUUUAUUUUAAACAAUAUAUUGAUAAGCAAUGCCCUUGGCAAAACAAUAAUAAUAGCUACCUUCAAGGCAGAGAAGAGCAGCAAAGAGAUGCUCCCUGGACCUUUCCACAAGUCAAAAAUCAUACAUGGCUAUGGAUAACAAAGUACUAUAAUUUUGUGGUUUCCCACUAAUUAUGUACUGAAGUCUAAAGUCAGUAAACCCAAAAGCAAUUCUGGUGGGUUGGGACCCUGGGGAGUCAGGGCUUCCAGAAAAUGGAAUAUGGAAUAAAUUAAAUGUCAUUUUAUUUAAUGGCCCUUCCACCAUUUCUAAAAGAUCGCAAGCUUUUGAGCUGAAAAUUAUCUUUAGGCAUAGGUCCUUACAGCAAGUAAGCGUUUUGUUUUUAACAUGUUCAAGGUCAAGAUGUUCACAAGUUAUCGUGACUAUGCUGCAGUCUGAGAAGCCAGAAUAAUCUUAACUUGAUAGAUCGUUUGGCCUGUCAUUUCUGUCCUUGUGAGAGAUGCUUUUGUUGCAGAGAGUGAGAGAACAGCUUGAAUAACUCUUGCGCAGCACACCUGCUUGUGAUGAGCCAGAUGAACACUAGCUAUUAUAACUUUAUUAUCAUUUGCUAUUUCCAUUGACAGUUGUACGAGAGAAUCAGACUGAAGUAAUCAUUGUACCAGUCCUCUUGAUAGGGGUAUUUGUCAUUAUCUUAAGUGUCAUCCUUUGGCUCCAUUACCAGAGCAUGAAGGCAAAGCAGCAGGAUUCUCCAGAGUCCAGAGAAGAAGGUAAGGACAGCUGUCAAAAUUGCCAGGUGGCAGGAAAAGAAACUUGGAGGGAUAGUCAUAAUGCCUAUAUGCCACUUCCAGGAUCGUGUCCUGUGCUCCUCUGAUUACCAGUUGCUCAGAAACAACUAUACAGUACUUUCUCUGAAGACCUUGAGGUGACUAAGGUCUUGAAUUUUCAAGUCAUACCCUAAGACCUGGCACACCCCUACAGAUCUGAGAACAUGCCACCUUCAUACUAAGAGUCCUGUUCAUGUUGCGGUGCUGCCUCAACAUAGCUUCCAUAGUUCUCUUCCACCAUGAUGUUAAUCUAGACCAGGCUUCCUGAACCUCGGCCCUCCAGAUGUUUUUGGCCUACAACUCCCAUGAUCCCUAGCUAGCAGGACCAGUGGUCAGAGGUGAUGGGAAUUGUAGUCUCAAAACAUCUGGAGCGCCGAGGUUGAGGAAGCCUGAUCUAGAAUGCAUCUGAAUCACCAGCUGGGGAUGUGGUGGUAGUUCCAUUGGCACAUGCCAUGCAUGAUUUUGGGGCAUUCUUUAAACAACGAUUUUCUAUUGAUAAAUAAAAAGAGCCAAUGUUUUAUAUUGGCUAUUUGUGUUGCAAGAACAUCUGUCUUUUUGAAAUCCUGUUUUAAGAUAUUUCCCAGAACAGAGGGUUAGAGAGUACAUGGCUAAAACUAAAAUGUAAGGAGUGGCAAGUGGGAAAUACCUACUCUGUGUUUCACCACAAGUUUUACAUUUGCUAACAGGUCAUGUCCCAGUACCAGAAAAGAAGAAAAGCCCAGGGAAAACGGUCAGCAUAUCAGAACAUACUACCAUCCAAUUAAAUGAGACAACCAGGAGUUCCUUGCUUAAAACUGCAGCCUUAACCUUCAAGGAGCUGGAGAUUCCACAUGAGAGAAUAUCCUGGGAGUCACUGAAGCUUAUAAGAAAUGGCAGCUUUGGGGGAAUCUACAGAGCAGAGCUGAAGACCAGCAACCCUGGGAAAACUCAGCCAGUCUUAUUGAAGGCCUUGAAAGGUAAUGCGAAUGCCAUCCAGCUUCAUGCAGGCCUGGAAAUUUUAACUUUUCAUUUAUUUGUGUGCCUCUGUCUUAUUGUGGGAGCUUUGCACUGAACUGGCAAGACCCAUCUACUCUAGACAAAGAAGUAACAUUGGUGCUUUGAUAGUGUAGAAUCCAUACCUUCUGUUCAGUCCUGCAUCUGCAACUGCAGAGAACACUGCAAAACCCUCUGCAGGGAUGUCCAACAGGUCGAUUGCGAUCUACUGGCAGAUCCCCGCGAUCUUUUGGUAGAUCGCGGUCGAUCUCUGACUCCCUUUCCUCUGCACUGGUAAAUCUGACUCCUGCCCUGUCCCCUCGUCCCGCCCUCCGUUGUUGUUUGAACUCAGGAAGGGAAGACGGAGCUCCCUCUGUGUGGCUGUUUUCAUCCAUAGCUAUGUUUUUGUGACUUAACCCCAACUUCCCUUGCCUUCCUCCCCUCCCCAAGAAGCCUGCACCUUAACCCCCCCAAAACAGGGCUCUCCUCCCCCAAAAAACUCAACAAGUUUGAGCUGAACCCCUAAAAAACCAGGGGUAGAUCACUGCCAGAUUUUAAUUCUGAAAGUAGACUGCAGUCUCUUGGGAGUUGACCACCCCUGCAGAGGGUUUAAUAUACUUGAUGUGGUGUUUAGCUAUGCUGUUCUGCAAAGGCUCCUUGUUUUUGUGUGUGUGUGUGUGUGUGUGUGUGUGUGUGUGCGCGCGCGUUGCUGUUGCAAGCCGUUUCCUUUUCCAUCCAGGCUCAGAGACCAGUGCUAGAGCCUCUGAAGAGCUUUCUCUUCAGUUCUAGCACAAAAAUGGUUCUUACUCUUUUGUGUAUGAGACCUAGCUGGGUGGGUGUGUGUGUGGAAUUUAGAAGCAAGAAGAAAAUGAGAAUCCAUCUGUUUUUUGCUUCUCGGUGGAGCUUAAGGUAAUAGCGCUGCUCUGGUCAAAAUGCCUGAGAGAUUUUAGGUGUUAACAUCUGCUAAAACAACUCAAUUCUGGCAGAACAUCAAAACAUUCUGGGGCCUCUCUGAACCAGAGUAGGCCUUCCUUUCUUCCUUCUUACCUUCCCAAAGGAGAAUCAUGGGUAGGCAAACUAAGGUCCAGGAGCCAGAUCCAGCCCAAUUGCCUUCUAAAUCCAGCCCGCGGACGGUCUGGAAAUCAGCUUGUUUUUGAUCAGAAUGCAUCCUUUUAUUUAAAAUGUAUCUCUGGGUUAUUUGUGGGGCAUAGGAAUUCAUACAUUUUAUUUUUUUUCCAAAAUAUAGUCCGCCAUCCGCCCCCCAAGAUUUGAGGGACAGUGGACUGGCCCCCUGCUGAAAAGGUUUGCUGACCCCUGAUUAAGAGAGUCAGUCAUACCAGCUUCUCUCACUCAUUUUUAACUUCCCUUUCAGAGUCUGCCAGCUCCUAUGAGAUUAAAGAUUUUAUGGAAAGGAUUAAGUUUUAUCAGUUUCUUGGUAAUCACGAAAACAUCGUUAAGUUAAUCGGAUGUUGUGUGCACCAGAUGCCUCUUUACAUGAUAUUGGAGGAUGCUUCCAACGGCAAUCUUCUGAACUUCCUUUGGACCUGCCGCAGGGUAAGUCUUAAGAAAGGCUGUGGCUAGCUAGAUCUGAUCGGUCUCCAGUAUAUUGUAAUAUAGUACAUACAGGUGAAUUGUUGCCAUAGGAGUUCAUGACCAGAGAUUCUUCUGGAAGCGGGCAUGUCUUUCUUCUAUGAAACACACAGGAGAUUUGACUUGCUCUCUGUGAGUACUUGAGGAACCUUAAUGGGAGAAUCUAAUGCUGUGAACUUUUCAUCCUGAGCUUAGCCUCUAUAGAUGUGUAAGUAAGUGUGGCAUCACAGUUAUAUUCAGUCCAAGGAAAGCACCCCAUGGUACAUUCUGGAACCCUAAAAGUUCUCACCGUUCAGAAACUGAUGCAACUAACAAUAAUAAGUAACUGUGUCCUAACUAUAAGGACCGUGGGAAUAGAUAUGCAGUAGUACAGUAAACAAUUGAGCUAAAAUCUAUGCAACCAAUACCUGGAGUGGAUGUGUGCAAAAAAAUGUAUAUUUUAAAGCUACAAUUUUGCUGAGGAUCUGGGAACGUUAUAGCUGGGGGUGCAAUAACUAUAGCAAUUUGGGGAAUGUGACACUUUCUGAUUAAGGAGGAGGAGUACAGAAACAGUUUGGAGUAGGCAACCUAAGGCCCAUGGGCCGAGGGUCGUUUAACUGGCCCACGAGCCGCCCCCAAACCAAGCCACCCGCUUGGCGAGUCCCCGCGCGCUGCGAUAAACCAGCACAGCACAGCGCAGGGACUCGCUUCUGCGGCGCUGAAAAUCGCAUCUGUGCAUGCGCAGACAUUGGAAAUUGCGUCUGCGCAGACGCCAGAAAUCACGGGUGGGCACACUCACACUCACGCACAAUCCGGCCCACGGAGGGAUCUCCGCUGGAGUGAACCGGCUCAGGCGAGGUAAACCUUGCUGACCCCUGUUGUAGGUUGUACUUAGAACUUUAGACACCCCUCUGUUUCCAGGUGCACUCCUGUUCAUGUGUGGCUACCAGUGGAGACACAGGGCUGCCUAUGCAAGGCCAUCGCUCCCUUUUCCCUGGGUGCCCUCCUAGUCCAUCUCCAGUUUAGGGUCAGCCAUCUUCCCUGCUGCUCUCUCAGGCCUGUCUGAGCACUGCACUCCAGGUGCCUUCUAACGUGAAAGACACUACUGCCCCUUUUCCAGAGGAAACAGUCUGGUAGCAUUGUCCCUCCCAUCUCACUACCUGGGGAAGCAGCGAGUGUAUAUCAAACCACCUGUUUCUGUCUUGCUAGGAUGUAGUGACCAUGGACGGAUUGCCGCUUGAUCUUACAGAGAAACAGGUCUAUAAAAUUGGACAACAAAUUGCAUCAGCUCUGGUAAGUUUAUUAAUUAAGCCCAGCCCCAGCCACAACUAGCUUCCUUCAGAGCAUGAGAGUAACACCCACUCUAGGUACCGUAUUUUUCGUUCCAUAGGACGCUCCGUCCCAUAGGACGCACCUACUUUUUGGGGGGGGAAAUAAAGGGAAAAUUUUAUUCCUUUAUUUCCCCCCCAAAACCAGGUCGGGGAACAGUGGGAUGGCGGCGCUGCGCCUCCCCGUUGUCCCCCGAGCUUGUGGGGCUGGCCGAUGUCUGCCCGGUGUGAGGGCGCUCUGCUUCAGGGCGCCCCACCCGCCGGGCGGCAGGCUGCAGACACCUGCGCGAAGCACAGGGCGUCCUCCGGAGGGCGCCCCGUGCUCCGCGCUGCAGGCUGCCGCCCGCAAGCCUUGCGCUCCCGGGGGGAGAUCCCCUGGGUGCGCAAGGCUUGCGGACACCUGCGCGAAGCACGGGACGUCCUCCGAGGGCGCCCCGUGCUCCGCGCUGCAGGCUGCCGCCCGCAAGCCUUGAGUGCCCAGGGGAACUCCCCCCGGGUGCGCAAGGCUUGCAGAUAGCUUCCUGGAGCCUGAAGAGCGAGAGGUGUCGGUGCCCACCGACGCCUCUCGCUCUCCAGGCUUCAGCGAAAGCCUGCAUUCGCUCCAUAGGACGCACACACAUUUCCCCUUCAUUUUUGGAGGGGAAAAAGUGCGUCCUAUGGAGCGAAAAAUACAGUAAUUUGUUUGGUUCACAAGAGAUAUAAAAUGUCUACUAAAUGGACUAUGCAUUGGCUAAACUUACCGGAAGAAUAAGAAAUCAAGACAACAAACUUUUUAUUAAGGAAUGGAAAUCGUUUAUUGAAUAUUUGCAAAUAAAUUGUAAACAACUUAAGACAUUAGCAGUAUUAUUGUAAAGACUUGCAGUUUCUAAAACAUAUAUGAGGAAAAAAAUAAAUAGUUAAUUGGGAUAUGCAGAAGAAAAGAAAAAGAGGGUAAAUUCAUGGAACUGCUGGAAGAAGGGAAGGGAAGUCAAGGUUUGAUAUGUGAGAAUUGUUUAUUUUUGUUGUUGUUGAAAUGUUUAUUUGUAAUAAUUGAAAAUUAUAAACUUAAUAAAAUAAAAUGUCUACUAAAGUCUUUGAAGCUUGGACCCACGCUUGCCGAUGUAACAAUGCUAGGGGAGGCUGCAACUUCGUGACAGAGCACAUGAUCUGCGUGCAAAGUUUCUAGGUUCAAUACCUGGCAUGUCUGGGAAGGGCUGGGAAAUACACAUUCCUGCCUCCUGAAAAGUCACUGACAGCAAGGAGACAGUGCUCAGCAGAUGGACCAUUGGUCCAAGGAGAUCCCUAUAUUCCUAACACAACUGGAAGAAAACCUCUGGGGGCUGCUGCAUUGCAAAGGAUAAAGACUGUAUGAAACAAUUUCAUGCCUAUAGCUAGGAAAACGCAGCCUUGCAAGAGAUAAAUACUGUAUGAAACUAGGAAAAUACUAACCAAACCUUCUCCCCACCCCAAGAUAACUGAUUUCCUGUUGUAAAACCUAAUUUGAUUGUGUGUGCUGAAUAUCUGAUAGGACUUGCCAAAUCUAGAUGUAAGUGUUGAUGCAUACUUCAUGUUAAAACAGGGAGAGGUGCUCUCAGUGUAGCAGCUGACAACAUAUCAUUUCUAAAUUUUCCAGGAUUUUCUUCAGGGGAAGAAACUGUUUCAUGGUGAUGUGGCAGCCAGGAAUGUCCUAAUUGGCAAUGCAUUUACUGUGAAGCUCUGCAGACUGGGGCUGGCGUACAGAGGCCACACCUGCGGUCCCAGCUCCAUCGCACAAACCGUUCCACUCAAGUGGCAGGCUCCAGAGCGACUCAUGAAGAAACCACCCAACAUCAAGUCAGACAUGUACGGGUCCAUUCAGAUAGCUCAUAAGCUAGGCUUGUUGGUCAAAGGCCUGCCAGAGUACGCCUGCCUAUUUUUCAACAGAUGUAGGCGUAUUUCCAGCUGGUAAUUUGACUUCUUCAGCCCAAGCUAUAAUAUUGGGUUACUCAACUGCACUGUUGGGUGUAAGGUUGGUCAGUUCUUUUUGCUACACAGCCACCCCUCCGGAGACUCAAGGCUGAAACAAAUCAGUUGUUUUAUUGAUACACAUUGCUUCCUUCAGAGAAUACUAUUUUCUUCAUAAUUAAAUUAAUAUCAUGAACUUUGAAGAAAGACAUAGUAACAUAAAGGAAAAUGCAAUACACUAAUGUAACACAGAUUGAAAAUGGCAUAAGCUUAAUAUUACGAGUGUACUGAGAAAGCAAUCAAUCAGAUUAAUUAGAAUAAGAAUCCUCGGUAUUUCCUAUGCUAAUUGAAUUGAACAUUUGGCUUGUUUCUGUUCACCUAGUUUCCAAAAUGGCUUUAUAAACUUCCUAGCAUUUUGGAAUAAAGUUCCAUUAUCCAACCAGUGCCAUAGUUUAAGGAUGCUGUUAUCUUCAGCCAAAAGUGAGAGCGUGUGAAGGUGAGAAGGUGUUUGAGUGAACGAAUAAGUGUAUGAAUGAUUGAACGAAUGAAAUUCCGAAUGUCCUCUUACAUUGAUCAGUGACUGGAAUUUUUAAAGGUUUUUAAACCUUUUCCAUCACUUACGUAGGUGCAACUUGACACAAGUCACUUUGACAAGCUCCAGCAAAACAAUCCAAUAAUGUUGUGAUGCCACAUCCUCUGUGCUGCUGUUGUUCUCUUUAGGAUUUUAUUAGGUAUUAUAUUUUCGUUACCCAUAUCAUAUCGUUACCCGCCCUGGCCACAGUGAUCCAUGCGAUGGUCAUCUCCAGGCUUGACUACUGUAAUUCGCUCUAAGCGGGGCUGCCCAGAAACUCCAGCGGGUGCAGAAUGCUGCAGCAAGGCUCCUCACGGGGUCUCUGCCAUGGGAGCAUAUUCACCCAGUGCUUUUCCAGCUGCACUGGCUCCCAGUGGAGUACAGGGUCAGAUUUAAGGUGCUGCUUUUGACCUUUAAAGCCCUUCACGGCCUAGGACCCUCGUACCUACGGGACCGCCUCUCCCGGUAUGCCCCACGGAGGACCUUAAGGUCCAUAAAUAGCAACACCCUAGUGGUCCCGGGCCCUAAGGAAGUUAGAUUGGCUUCAACCAGAGCCAGGGCCUUUUCAACACUGGCUCCAGUCUGGUGGAACGCUCUGCCUCAUGAGACCCGGGCCCUGCAGGAUCUGAUUUCUUUCCGCAGGGCCUGUAAGACAGAGUUGUUCCACCUGGCCUUUGGCUUGGAGCCAAUUUGAUUCCCUCCCUCUCUUUCUUUUUUCUUUUCCUUCUCCUCCUGCAAUGAGGCUACAUUUUAAUAUUUUAAUGUUUCAGUAUUUUAAUGCUGUAUUUUAAUUUUGUUUUUAAGUUGUAAUCAUUCAACUUGUUUUUAUUAUUGCUUGUAAGCCGCUCUGAGCCCGGCCUUGGCUGGGGAGGGCGGGGUAUAAAUAAUUAAUUAUUAUUAUUAUUAUUAUCAGGUCCUCAUCACUCAGGAUGCCAGGGUCUCACAUUGACUAUCGCUGUGGUUCAGCAACAGCUCCUCCUAGCUUGCAAAGAGUUGAACUUUUCCAAUGUAUACCCAUCAGGACUCCCCUGGUGCUUGUUGAAGUUGCUGGCUCCUUAAAUUUGUUAGGUCCCAGACCAACCUUGAGGUACUUUCCCUGCAGCUCUCAGUGGAAGGUAUGAAGUGACCGCUUCUGUUAACCCUUUUCGUUUUUCUCUUUUGCUUUUUUCGUUUUUUGUUUUAUGGCAGAUGGUCCUUUGGAAUCUUACUAUAUGAGAUGAUCACAUUAGGUAAGUAGAGGAAAGCAAUCCUGAGAAGAGGCUGCAAUCCUAAUCAUGUUUACUUAAAAAAUGUGUUUGAGUAGUUGUGCUAGAGUGGGAGAUCCUCUGGUCAAAGUGUUUAGUUUAAGCAGGCUUUGGAAGUGGAUAGCUCGGUUGGCAGAGCAUGAUGCUCUUAACCUCAGGGUCAUGAGGCCACCUCGGGCAAAAGAUUCCUGCAUUGCAGGGGGUUGGACUAGAUAGCCCUCAUGGCCCCUUCCAACCAUAUGAUUCUCUGUCAAGGAUGGUCGGAUUAAAACAGCCCACACGACACCUUACUUCGAUUUGCAUUUCGUCUUAGCUGCUUCCAACAAAACCAAAAAACACAUAAGAGAGCCCAUCUCAUGUCUCAUCUGAAUUUAAAUGAAUGUUUUCAUUUAAUUAGUGUAAAAACUCUCGUGGGUUUUCAUUUUAUUUUGCCACCCAGGAGCGCCACCGUUUCCAGAGGUUCCCCCGUCUGAUAUCUUGCAACACCUUCAGAGGCAGCACACUAUGAAGAGGCCUUCCAGCUGUCAGCCAGCCAUGUAAGAUUUCUCCGCAUCCCAUCUUAUAAUGCAGGCUGUGCCUUUUAUUCUAAAUUAUUACCUCGUUUCCUAAAGGAUCGACCCACCACAGAUCAUUCUGUUUCCUUCCUGCUAUCUGCAAGAAGCACCUUCGCAGCUGAGCCAGCAUUUGAAAAAUGUUGAACCUUCACGCCCCCACCCCAAGACAAGCGACUUCGUGGCUCCUUUAUGAACAAAAGUAUACAGCUGUGGUUUACAUGUGACUAAAUCAGGAGGGUUGCAUCCCUUAGCUCCAUAUGCCAGGAAACAGACCACACCUAUGAAGGCUCACCUGGAAGUAAAUCCCACUGAGUUGCAUGAGGAUAAGCCCCAAUGAAUAUAGUGGGACUUACCGUAUUUUUCGCUCUAUAGGAUGCACCAGACUACAAGACGCACCUAGUUUUUUGAGGAGGGAAACAAGAAAAAAAACAUUCUGAAUCUCAGAAGCCAGAACAGCAAAAGGGAUCGCUGCGCAGUGAAAGCAGCAAUCCCUCUUGCUGUUCUGGCUUCUGGGAUAGCUGCGCAGCCUGCAUUCGCUCCAUAAGAUGCACACACAUUUCCCCUUACUUUUUAGGAGGGAAAAAGUGAGUCUUAUAGAGCAAAAAAUACGGUACUUUCAUCCCUAUAGGGCUCAUCCAGAUUUGCCCUGCUGCCCCCCCCCCCCCCCCCGGAAACUCAAUCUUUACUGCUGAAUCAGAGCAAACGUCGAUAGGGUUUUCUCCAGAUUGACGUUUGCUCCGAUUUAUCACUAAAGAGCGGGUUUUCCAGGGGACAGCGACAGAGCAAGGGCAAACCUGCUCAGACUCAUUCCUAGAAGGUGUGGGGCAAGCAGACAAGUGCUCAGAGCUGUGCUUUCUAGGCAUGGGACAUGCAGAAGUGUGGAUGGGCAGCAAAAGCAGAUGUGGCCACUAUCGUGAGCUGUUUUCCUCUCCUCAGUUUAACCCCUCCCUUGCCAAGUAUCAUUGCUUUGAUACCCGCCCCCAAAAAAAUUCUAGAAGGGGGGCAGUCGUGAUAAGUGUAGUGAGGGGGAAUAGAAUGCUGAUCCUUUUCCCCCCACACAGCAAUCAAUAUUCUGCACUCACACACUUGGGGCUGAGGAAAGAGGGACUUCUCACUUAGUCUGGAAGUCAAGUUGCCACUCAACUUCCAUCUUGAUGCAGAAGAGCAGUGACUGGGUGCUAGUAAAUCACCCAUCUGCUGAAGCGUGUGAGUGAACACAGAGAUGUUCCAGUAAAUUUGAUUUAAAGAAAUUUCUGCAUAUUUAUGAUAUAAAACAAAUUCUCACAAUAUUUUGCCCUAUGAGAGUACGGUCAAACAUUUGCUGUUUUAAAAAUUGCAUUCCUGAAACUAGCCGCUCUUAUUUUGAAGUGAAAGCAGGCUUGGGCCCACAGUCUAGAAGAGAUGGGGGGAAGCUUUGGCCUUCCAAAUGUUGCUGAACUCCAGCAUCCAUCAUCCCUGACCCUGCUUGCUGUGGAUGAUGGGAGUUGUAGUUCAGCAACAUCCAGAAGGCCAAAGGUUCCCUACAACUGAUCCAGAACAUGCUACCAAUCCAGAUUAGAGGACCACACCAGUUUCUUGCUGAAGAUCUUCUCCUCCGUGGCUGCUAUUUGCCCUAGUCAGAGGUGGGGUCCCACCCCACACCCCACCCCCGCAGCCAAAAAAUAGCUCCUUUGGGUUGUUGGUGGCAGGAAAUAGGUGCAAGGCUCUGAACUGCCCCCCCCAAAUAAAUGUAGUUAGUUUAAGCACACCUUUUUUUAAAAAGGGGGGAAUGAAUGAUGGGCUGUGUGAUUUGGCCCUGAAGUCUACAUUCUGCCUGUUACUUUGGGUCAUAUACCUCUCAAAUAAAAGGCUUCCUGAAAACUAAUUUCAUGAGGCAAAACAACAGUAAACAUGAGGCAAAAGCAAUUGUCUAGAGCACUUUAUGCAUGGUUUUCUGCCUGCAAGUGCCUAUGUUCCUUACGCUAUAUUUUAUUAUAAACAUGUCACAGUUUGUUACAGAAAGCUCCCAAGGGAGCCAAGCUACACAGUAUACAGAAUGAGAUGGAGUAGAAGAACGUAUUAUGCACUUCAGAAUGGAGUGCAAGAUCAUUUUGAAUAUUUCCACACAUCGAAAACUCCCUGCAUGAAAUGGAUCCUAGUCAAUAAAAGCUUAUCCCAUAAUACAUUUGUUAGUCUUUAAGGUGCUGUAAGAUCCUUUGUUAUUUCUUUCUACAUGUGGUAAACUAGCAUAUAAGGGAGAUACGCUAGAUUUCUUCCCAUAGGGGGCUGUCUCUAGGUGUGUCCCUUGGCUCACAAAAGGCUCUUUGUUCCAGGGGAGGCAUCCAAGAACAGAAGGGGGUGGCGGUUUUCAUGUUAUUGCAAAGGGUCCCCUAAAUUAAAAAAAAACUUUCCAUGACUGGAAGGACACGAUUGUGAUAUAACCCUGGGAGUUUAGAAAAUAUGUAGCUAUCCACCUACAAUCCAAAACGGUACAGACCAAAAGCUGCCAUUUCACUCUGCCACCUUGUGAUGCAAGAUUCCUAAAUAUGCAUUGCACUGUAAGAUGAACCACGCCCCUUUCUUUGACAGGGAUAGCAUUCCAUAUUCAGGUGCCCUUACCGCCCCUCGAGGGAUGCGGGCGGCACUGUGGGUUAAACCAUAGAGCCUAGGACUUGCCGAUCAGAAGGUUGGUGGUUCGAAUCCCCACGACGGGGUGAGCUCCCGUUGCUCGGUCCCAGCUCCUGCCAACCUAGCAGUUUGAAAGCACGCCAGUGCAAGUAGAUAAAUAGGUACCGCUGUGGCGGGAAGGUAAACGGCAUUUCCGUGCGCUGGUCUGGUUCGCCAGAAGCGGCUUAGUCCUACUGGCCACAUGACCCAGAAGCUGUACGCCGGCUCCCUCGGCCAAUAAAGUGAGAUGAGCGCCGCAACCCCAGAGUCGGCCACGACUGGACCUAACAGUCUGAGGUCCCUUUACCUUUACCUUUAGCGCCCCUUGACUGGCUAGGAAGAACAGACACAACACAGUUUAAUUGGGUCAACUAAGUCCACAACUGUUUACAGGUGUGAGAGGUUUGUCAUAGGCAUUGAGCACAACCAUUGGCUUCCAACCCGCCUGCCGGAAGUGAAUCAGGGUCAGCCCAGCAGCAGGGGAGUCCUAUGGCCCACAUCAAUAGGGAGACCCCUGGAGAGAUCUCCGCUUUGAGGGGUGCUGUGUCCCACCUGGGCAUAUGGACAGGAGCAAUUCCUCCCAGGUCCCUUUAAUGAUAUACCUUAAUUUUGGAGGGGCAGGCAGAGACUACAACCUCCCCUCCAUCCAAGACUAAGGUUUACCCACUGCUAUAAAAUAGGUAAAAAAGGGUAAAGGAUCCCUGGAUGGUUAAGUCCAGUCAAAGGCAACUAUGGGGUUGCAGCGCUCAUCUCGCUUUCAGGCUGAGGGAGCCGGCAGCUUUCUGGGUCAUGUGGCCAGCAGGACUAAACCUCUUCUGGCGCAAUGGAAGACCAUGACGGUUAACCAGAGCGCAUGGGAACACGAUUUACUUUCCCGCCACAGCGGUACCUAUUUAUCUACUUUCACUAGUGUGCUUUCAAACUGCUAGGUUGGCAGGAGCUGGAACAGAGCAACGGAAGCUCACCCCAUUGCAGGGAUUCGAACCGCCGACUUUCUGAUUGGCAAGCCCAAGAGGCUCAGUGGUUUAGACCACAGCGCCACCAGCUAUGACUGCUAUAAAAUAUGCAGCCCUCCACUUACAAUCCAAAAUGUUACAGACCAGAAACUGUCUGCUCACCCUGCCGCCUCAUUCUGCAAGAUGCAUAAAGAGAGAUGCACAGGUCAAAUCCAUGAGAUGAACCACUACGCUUUCUUUGACAGGUAUAGCAUUAUGGUGGCCUGCUGGCGCUGGACUCCAGCAGAUCGCCCUUCCCCCACUGAGCUGAUCAGGAGGCUGCAAAUGGGAAUCAAGACCAGCAAUGACCAGGCUGUUCUGCAAAUUCCGGAGCUGGUUGUGCCUGAGCUCUAUGCUGCUGUAGCUGGGAUUGACUUGAGAGAUCUUGCCACUGACUACACCGUGUUCUAA